AUGAGCGUGUACAGUCCCAAUGGCGCGCGUACUGUGGUAUCACGAGCAACGGGUGCUGCCACGUCCUUCUCAGACGCCUGUAACGAAGCCAAAUUGCAAGAACUGGACCAAAAAGGGGCUGCAAAGCGCACGUUGACAAGCGAGAGCCAAAGCCAAAAGGAUGCAGCACAUAACGCGUUGUUAUUGACCGGAGAAGCUGUGGAGGAGACGCUGGAGAUGGCACAGGAACAGGCGAGAGAGAGACUGAUGGCUGGACCGCUGCGGGUUUCGGUUGCGUCGAGCUCUCCGUCUCGAGUUCUCAGAUAUUAUACAGAUACGAGUGUCCAGACAGAAGAGUCGCCAGUGGGACACAGUAUUGAGUCGGUACGUCCUUUCACGCCGACGAAGAGCGUAGUGGAAGCGACCGAUCGGCUUUGUCCGCGGGAAAAGAACGACAUUAUGCCGCUACCGACACACGAGCAGAUGAGUCUUUCUGCUGCUGCUGCUGUAAACUGCAGUGGUACUGUAUUGAAUCUGGAUGGUUGGCGUGGCAGUGCGGUGUUGAGUAGUGGCAAGAAGCGACGCCUUUCGUGCACAUCUCCACGCACUCUGUCGCCGUCCCAACGGCCACAGCUGCUUUCGCGUCGACUUGCAAACGUGCUUUACGAUACGGAUCCUAACGUCGAGGAAGAGGUUGUUUGUGGAGUUGUGCAAACGUCUAGUGCUGCAAAUACACACCAAGUCGAUGCUUGUGCGUCGAGUCUUUGUACGGACGAUAUCAAUUGCGCUCCUAGCGGACUGCUUGCUAGUCCACACGAGCACGGCUCGUUUUUCUCGUUUGUAAAUUCGCUUUCACCACUUAUGGCUGCUGAGGAGUUCGAAAGCAGCUUUACGUCGGUGAAGCUCUCACCGCUCGCGUUGGUCUCUUCGUACGAAUUUCCGAGAUUACUCCCGCCGUUCCCUGAACAAAAGCUACAUGGUGAUAGAGGCAAGAUAGACAGAGCUCACGUACGCCCUUCUGUUCUUGGGGCACCAGAGAAUAACCUGGAUGAAAUCGCAUUGGCUGGAAUGUCGGUCGAAGGCUCAGCUCCUGGAUCCACAUCUGGAUUGGUGUCUUCGAACUCUUUCGCUGAGUCAUUUCCCAACAUCCGGGCCUCUACGAGCGCUACACCGGGAAAAGACGAGCGUACGAAGCUCGGUGAUCACAGCGUCAUGAAGAUGAAGCUUCACACACUGUAUGGAGUAUCUCCAUCAUUGCUAGACUCGCAUCCCGCCCGCGAAAUUCAGGCCAUUAACAACAGCUUGAAACGAAAGAAGCACAUUAUCCGACGCGACGCUGAAGAGAAGUGCGAACAGCUAUCGCCUGCGAGCAACGUCCAACGUAAAUUGUUGCAGACUCCGGUGAAGUUGUUUUCGUCGCCUCGCCGUGUCACUCGAUCGCCACUGUACCCUUGGAACGGGCAAACGUCGCAGACCAGUGUCCUCAAGACUUCCACGUCUCGAAAGUUGUCACCAGGUCAUCAAGACACGGAGUUUGCUGCAAAUGGAGCAUUGCGUUCUUCACCAGUAGCUCGCCAAUCAGCUCCAGCAACAGACCCAAUAUCGGCCCUGGCGACAUCUAGUGGCAACAAACUGGAGCGAAAAGCGUCGCCGUGUAUCCCGAUGCCUUCUUCAGUGACCAGCAUUUCGAGACUCGAAACGCAAAAAUCGUUGAUGGAUGCCAACCAAGCGGUAGCUCCGGCAAUUGCACCUACGAAGCAAAUCAAACGAGAGGCAAUAUCAACUUUGGGCAAACACAUCGCGUGUAGCAUGCUGACGUCAAACAUCAUGGGGACUGAUGGUGAGAGCGGUGUAGCUUUGUCCGACGGUAUGCUAAAAACGCCGUCUCGAGUGGAAGUAUCCUGUUCAGUGACGCUGCCAUUGCAAUCAGCACCCAAGGCACCAUCCGGCAUUUCAUUGAAGGUGAUAUCAGCACAAGCGCGUACAAGAGCUCCGUGCAACUGCAAAAGGUCCAAGUGUCUAAAGCUGUACUGCGAGUGCUUUCGCCUCGGUGGAUACUGCGACGAGCGUUGCAACUGUAUCGACUGUGCCAAUAGCACUGAGAUGGAAGAGGUGCGACAGCAAGCCAUUGCCUCGCGGCUGGCGAAGAAUCCCAACGCGUUCAAAUCAAAGAUUGGCGCCAUACCUGCUAGGGCAAUGUCGGCGUCGAAGGGUGUGUACCGCUUAUCCGGCCAUGUCUUCACGGGCACUUCGUUGUCACCGCACGAUCCAAUAAGCUGUCAGCAACAGCAGCAGACCCCAAGUACAAGUCUGGCGAUUACUAAGAUCCACAAGCACGGCUGUCACUGCAAAAGGUCAGCGUGCCAGAAGAAGUACUGCGAGUGUUAUCAGGCGGGAGUGCAAUGCGGCGAAAACUGCCGGUGCAUCGAGUGUAAAAAUCAUGGACCGAGCUGUAGCACACGGAGCAAAUGA